CAACGAGACAGGAAAGGAGCGAAGCUUGAGCAAGUAGACCAGCCAAUGGCGGGCAAGGACGCCUACUCGUUCAAGCCGGGUGGCUCGCUUAAGUUCAAGGGCGGCGAGUCGCCCGUGUUGGCGGGCAAGAAGAAGAAGAAGACAAAGUCGUCGACGUCAAAGGAUGUCGCGCGCAGAUCUGAGUACGCUGAGGAUGCUCCCGGAAGCAGCAGCAAGGGAAAGGAGAGGGAGGAGCCUGAUCAAGUCGACGAUGCUGCGCUGGCUCAGCGGAGCAGCGGACCGGCAAAGACGGCGGCGGAGCGCAAGUUCGAGGAGGUGCGGCUGAAGAGGAUGGCAGAGAGGGUGGCGCGAGAGGCCAAGAUGUCGCACAAGGAAAAGGUCGACAAGUUCAACCGCGACCUCGAGAACCAGACGGAGCACUACGACCUGCCCAAGGUCGGGCCCGGCUAGUUGCCAGAAUCAUCUCCAUGCAGCUUUGCAAAUGAGAAUCAGAUCCUCUGCUUCCUCCCUCUCUCCCCCCUUGUGGGCCUUUUUGUGAUCAUUUUCAACGCCGAC